ACCGCUCUUGUUAAUUAAUUGCGCAUAAACAAUGGCAAACGAUCGUGCUCGCGCAAUGUUUUGCAAGGAUGCAAUUGUUAGUCUAUAAAGCCUAAGAUCCUGAUAUAUAAACUGAGUCACUAGUCAUUUUUCAUGUUCACCAUCGCUUAGCGUUCCAUAGACAAGUGGAGCAGAAAACUUAGUUUAAAUAAACAAGAAAACUUAUCGAAAACAUGAAGAGUUUGACACUACUUCUUGGUUUUGCUAUAAUAAGUUUUUCGGCGGCUGAAGAGUAUACAGACAGAUAUGACAAUAUAAAUGUAGACGAGAUAAUGCAAAACAAAAGAUUAUUAACAACGUACAUGAAGUGCGUUUUAGAUCAAGGGCGCUGCACUCCGGAAGGCAAAGAACUUAAAGUGCACUUAAAAGACGGCAUGCAAACGGGAUGUAUUAAAUGUACUGUAGCUCAAAAACAAAAGGCCCGAAAAGUGGUGAACCAUCUCCGGAAAAACGAACCUAAGUUCUGGGAAGACUUCAAAAAGAAAUUCGAUCCGGAGAACAAAUUCAAGCCAACUUACGAGGCUUUCCUCGCCUCGGAAGAUUAAGCAGCAUUAACGGUUACAAUAACAUGUGGUACAAAAUGUGAUAAAUUUUCAAACGAAGCAAAUUUCAUUCCUUUUUGUAUGAUUUCAAUAAACGUACUUACUAAUUUUUA